GCGUCCGAAUUUGACAAACUUGCGCCACGGCCAAUAGAAUCGUCCGCAUCUUGCCGAGAGGGGGCGGAGCCGAGCCUCUCCCACGACAUCAACAAAACGAGCGCUUUUGUUGUCCGACCGAACGCGCGCACACACGCCGAAAUGACUCGCAACUCUUUUACGACCCCCCGGGUGACCAUUUGACAUCUUAUUGGGUUGGCGUCGACCCGGCGUGGAUCUCGCGGCCUACGUGUGUUCGGGCGUCCGGGUCGGGGCGGAAGGCACUCCAGAGUCCAGGCGAAGACGAGGAGGAACCUCAAUCCGUGCCGAGAUGCCGCACUCGAGCUGGGCCUUCUUAACUCCGCUUAGUCGCCGUGUUCGGAGCCGGGGAAGUGUCGGCGCUUUUUCCAAUGUUGCUUCUGCUUGACCGAGGUCCAGUUGCGGCGAGUCCCGAAAAGUGUCACCGUCCCCAGCGAGUUAAGCCACGUAGCUCCGCCGGAGACGAUUUAAGAUGGCGGAAGGCCGGCCCACUCCCUCGGCGUUCGCCUUCGUGCUUCUCGCCGCCAGUGCCUGGUGCCUGGAGUCGUGUCCGGCUCCUUGCUCCUGCUCAGCGGGCCCGGACGAGCUCCGAGUUCUGGACUGCAACAGGAGAGUGCUGUCGACGGCUCCGUCGGGCCCGCUGGAGGGGUUCGGCCAAGUCUCCAUGAACCACAAUGAACUGAGUGCUUUCCCCGUCUUUGGAGAAGCCUCUGCCAACGUCACAUCUCUAUCAUUAAUACACAACCGCAUCUCGGAGCUGUCGAUGCAUCAGCUGCUCCCGUACGAGUCCCUGGAGACGCUCGACCUGACGUCCAACUCCCUUUCCGAGCUCAGGGUGGGAAGUUUCCCCUUCGUGCAGCUGAAAUAUCUGAAUUUAAGUAAUAACAAGAUCAGCGUCCUGGAGCCGGGCUGCUUUGACAACAUCUCCAGCUCUCUGCUGGUUUUGAAGCUCAACAGGAACAGGUUGACCGCGCUGCCGUCCAAAGUCUUCAAGCUUCCCAGUCUGCAGUUUCUCGAAAUGAAGCGUAACAAGAUCAAGAUGGUGGACAGCCUGACGUUCAAAGGGAUGGACUCGCUCCGGUCGCUGAAGUUGCAACGAAAUGGCCUCAACAAGCUCAUGGACGGAGCCUUUUUUGGACUCAUCAGCAUGGAGGAACUGGAGCUGGAGCACAAUAACCUAACGGAGGUGAACAAAGGUUGGCUGUACGGCCUGCGGAUGCUGCGUAUCUUGCGAGUGAGCCAGAACGCCGUGGGCGUGAUCCGACCAGAUGCCUGGGAGUUUUGCCAAAAGCUGGAGGAGCUAGACCUGUCCUUCAAUCAUCUGACCAGACUGGACGAGACGGCAUUUGUGGGAUUGGGUCUCCUGCAGAGCCUGAACCUUGGCGAGAACUCCAUCAGCCACGUGGGGGAGCGGGUGUUCAGCAGCCUGCCCAAUCUGCACACGCUAGACAUCCACAAUAAUGAAAUUUCCUGGGCCAUUGAAGACUCCAUCUGCGUGUUUGAUGGAAUGAAAAAGCUGAACAGACUAAUCUUACAGCAGAACAAAAUCAAGUCAAUCACCAAGAAAGCCUUUGAGGGUCUGGAUGAGUUGGAGUACCUGGACCUCGACAGGAAUGACAUCAUGUCGAUCGAUCCUGAGGCAUUGCUGCAUACGAAGCUGAAAGUGUUCGUCCUCAAUACCAGCAGCCUGCUGUGCGACUGUCACAUGCAGUGGCUCGGACCCUGGCUCACCAGCGGCCGCUUCCUUCGUUCGGCGUCCGCCGUCUGCGCCCACCCGGCCGUCUUGCUCGGUCGCGAUGUGCUUUCCGUCAGUCCCCGAGACUUUGUCUGUGAUGAUUUCCCAAAGCCUCGGAUCACCGCUCAUCCCGAAACGUCGGUGGCGCUGCGCGGUAACAACGUUACCCUGAGCUGCGUGGCGACCAGCAGCAGCGACUCACCAAUGAGCACAGCGUGGCGGAAAGACGGCGAGGUGCUCUACGACGCCGAGGUGCAAAAUUACGCCCGUUACCGGGAGGGGGAGCUCAUCUACACCACCGUGCUGCACCUCCUCAACGUCAACUUCACCGACGAGGGCCGCUACCAGUGCGUGGUGUCCAACCACUUUGGCGCAAACUACUCCAACAGGGCCAAGCUCACUGUUAACGAGCUGCCGUCCUUCCUCAAGACCCCCAUGGAUCUCACCAUCCGGACGGGCACCAUGGCCAGGCUGGAGUGUGCCGCCGAGGGCCACCCCUCGCCGCAGAUCGCUUGGCAGAAGGACGGCGGCACCGACUUCCCGGCCGCCCGCGAGCGGAGAAUGCACGUGAUGCCGGACGACGACAUCUUCUUCAUCGCCAACGUGAAGACGGAGGACAUGGGGGUGUACAGCUGCACGGCGCAGAACGCCGCGGGCAGCUUGUCCGCCAACGCGAUGCUGACGGUCCUGGAAACUCCUUCUUUUGCGCGGCCCCUGGAGGACAGAACCGUCGCGAGAGGCGAAACCGCCGUGCUUCAGUGCAUAGCCGGAGGCAGCCCCGCCCCACGCUUGAACUGGACCAAGGACGACGGGCCCCUGGCGCUCACGGAGCGCCACUUCUUCGCCGCCGCCAACCAGCUCCUGAUCAUAGUGGACGCCGGACCCGGCGACGCCGGGAAGUACACCUGCAUCAUGUCCAACACGCUGGGAACCGAGCGCGGCCACAUCUACCUGGGCGUGGCGCCGUCGCCCAACUGCGACAGCGGCGCAGGCUACGACCAGGACGGCUGGACCACGGCGGGCAUCGUGGUGAUCGUGGUGGUGUGCUGCGUGGUCGGCACCUCGCUGGUGUGGGUCAUUGUCAUCUAUCACAUGCGCAGGAGGAGCGAAGACUACAGCAUCACCAACACAGACGAAAUGAAUUUGCCGCCGGACAUCCCCAGCUACCUCUCUUCUCAGGGGACUUUGUCCGAGCCGCCGGAAGGUUACAGCAGCUCUGAGGCCGGCAGCCACCAGCAACUCGUGGCGCCGCUCUCCAAUGGAUACGUGCACAAGGGCACGGAGGGUGUGUGCUACGGAGACGUAGCCGGCGAGGUGGAAACGGAAGGUUCCGGACGGCUUCAGUGCCGGGCGGGCCCGCUGUUCACCGGCCGGAGCGGCUUCCGGCCCGGGGAGGCUCGCGACGGACCGGCCGGAGCCCCCUCAGGCGCCGCCAGCCCGAUGGUCAUGUGUUCCGACUGCUACGACAACGCCAAGGUCUUCUCUCGCACGCGGGACUACUGCCCCUACGCCUACCCGGGCGAGGACGACCUGCCGGCUUUGAAGGAGAGCUUCGGCGAGCGCGCCCGGCGAGAGGACGCCGGCCCGGAGCGCUUCCUCGGCAGACGGGAACCGGACAGGCCGAGCAGCCGGACCUCGAUGGAAGAUUGCGCCACCGACUUCUCGAGCCACUCGAUGUGGGGCGAAAGGCAAACCUCAAAGCCGCAAGCGGGCGCCGCCACUCGCAGGACGCUUCUUCCGGCGGGGGAUGCGGCGGCGGCCGGGUCGCAGAAGCGCAGACCGCCCCCCGAAAGGACGAAGCCUCAGAACCGGCCGGCACCCACAUAGGCCACCGCUACCUCCUUUCAGCACUCUGCCAAAGGUUGCCGCGUUGCCUGCUGGAGUCGCUCGGCUCGGCACUCGCGCGGACGCCGUGAACGUGAGCAACUUUGGGACGGGAGCGCACUUGAGAUUUGGAACAGCGAGUGGUCGUGAACCCAAGACUGCGCCGAGACCGCGUUGUGCUGUGUAAUUCCUUUUACGUAUGAAGAUAUCCUCAGCCUUGCGCAAUCUUCUCUUCCAGCAGUUUAUGGAGCAGGAGGACCACUUUUUUUUUUUUUUUUUUUUAAUUUUGAUUUUUAUUUUUAGACGCACCUGUGUAACAAUCCUGUUUUUUUUUUUUUUUUUGUUUGUUUUUUUUUUUAUUCCAGUGUCUCCUCGCACUGACCCGAUUUGCCUCCACCGCUCGCGGGCACUUAAUUUAAUGAUCUUCUUUUAUUCCUUUUCAGCCACGAUCCUCCUACUGUGGAAAAAAAAAAAAAGCAAGCGCAGAAUGAAAUGUUUGAAACGCAGACGUUAUGUACAGGUGCGUAAUCCAUUAGCUGACAAUUUACAUUUUUGUCUCCUAUCUAAAGGAAGGAAAAAAAAAAAAAAAAAAGAACAUUUGGUACUUGGCAUUUUACCGAGAAUGUUUCUGGCGAGGCGGCACGGUGGAUCAGCUGGUAAAGCGUUGGCCUCGCAAUCCUGAGGUCCCGGGUUCAAUCCCGUACCCGCCUGGGUUUUCUCCCGCCUCCCAAAAACAUGCAACAUUAAUCAGACACUCUAAAUUGCGCCGUUGGUGUGAUUGUGAGUGCGACUGUCGUAUAUCUCCGUGUGCCCUGCGAUUGGCUGGCGACCAGUUCAGGGCGUACCCCGCCUCCUGCUCGUCGACAGCUGGGUUAGGCUCCAGCGCUCCCCGCGACCCUCGUGAGGAUAAGUGGCAAAAAAAACAUAUUUGAAAACCCUUUCAGCAUACAGGCAAAGUUUUAAGUAACAUUGCCGUCGUCCGCGUGUGAAGAGAAGAUAACCACUCGUGUCAUGAGCAAAAUUUCAUAAACCGCUUACAUCCUGCAAUAGAGAGGGAGGAACGUGUUUACUGAGCCAUACACUCAAACUAGUAUGUGAUACCUCAUUCUUUGCAUUUUCUUAAGUCGGACCUCAUCAGGAUCACAUAAAAAAAAAAAAAAAAUUCUCAUCACUACAAAAUGAAAAAUGUUGUCCUUGACAUUGUCUCGCAUAUCUUGUGGAAUGUCAAAUGCUUUCAGUCACAUUUCAGCAUUGCUCGAUUUGUGAUACGAGUUGCGUCGUCACAUUAAAAUGGGAAACAAAAAAGUGCCAUCGGUAAGCACGUUGGCACUUUUUUGGGGGCUGUUUUUUUUUUUUUCUCCAAAUUUUGUGGCAGUAAAGGAUGUUUUUUGCAGCCGGGAUGAGAAUCUGAUUUCAGUUGCCGCAACUGGAUAAAUAAUGCUUAAAUAGUACGAUUUUUUUUUUUUAAUAACUUAUUAGGUGAUUGGGAUAAAAAUGCUGAAAAUUGAUUUUUCUUUCUUUUUUUUUUUCUGGAAACAUUCAAAUGUGACUUAGGCUAACAAAGAAGUUAAGCGCCAUCCGAUAAAAGGCCUGCAGACUUUUGUCCGGUUUUCCGAAUGUUCUUGGAAUUGUGAACUUUCCUCAGUUUACCUCUCGCGGAUCUUGCAGGCUGAAAUGACCGCAUCAUCUCUUUUGCACUUGGAUUUUGUCUGUCGGCUUCCGACGUUGCACACGUUCCUCGUUGUUUGUUUUGCUGUCAUUACAAAUGGAGACCAUCUCAGGUCAGCGGUCGCACCUCCGAAGCCUUUUUCCAUUUACAAUUUUUUUUUUUUUUUGCGUGGUUUACUUUUCUAUGACUUAAGAAUUGACACAUUCCAGACGUGCACAAUGUCAUGUUUGUUGUACUUUGACAAGUUAGCUUGAAGCAGCCACAUGACAUGUUUGUGUACGUUACAUUUCUCGUUAUUUCAAGGCCAUUUUUGUUCCCUUAAUACCAAAGUUUACCAGAUCAGUCAAAAGAAAAAGUUGCUCUGGCAAUAUUCUAUGCUGCUUUUUUUAUUGUUCUUUUAUUGUGAUAUUUUUUUUCUCCCCCCAAUUAUAUUUUUGGACCUUGUACAUUGUGUAAAGCAUGUUUAAUAAAAAAAAAAAAAAAAAGGGGGGGGGGCUUUUGUUGCAAAGCUAUUAUUAUAGAUGAUCAACAUGUUCCAAGCGAGUUUCCCAAGUGUUGCUGCGUAUUGCUGAAGAAUUAUGAUUUUGAGCACCAUGCUGUAGUUUGGUAAACGCAUUAAAUGCUGCUUUUUUUGUCAUAAAAGAGAUCAAUAACAGGA